UCAGUCCGACUCAGCCCAGCCCGUUAUCCAUCCCCGCAUAAACCCUAACUCGGGCGAGGGAGGUAUUCCGUCGGCUACGAUCUGUGGUUUUGUUUCCGUUCGAAGGAAUUUGGAUUUGUUAGUAAGUUGAAAAUUAGAUGAGGAUAGAGAAGUGUUGGUUCUGUUCCUCUGCCGUAUAUCCAGGGCAUGGUAUUCAGUUUGUCCGCAAUGAUGCGAAGAUAUUUCGCUUUUGUAGAUCCAAAUGCCACAAGAACUUCAAGAUGAAGAGGAAUCCUCGCAAGGUGAAAUGGACUAAGGCCUAUAGGAGGUUGCAUGGAAAGGACAUGACACAGGAUUCUACCUUUGAGUUUGAGAGGAGGCGUAAUAGGCCAGAGAGAUAUGACAGGAAUGUCACAGAAAACACACUGAAGGCCAUUAAGACGAUUGAUAAAGUCAGAUCAAGGAGGGAAUCCAAACACAUUGAGAGGAGAAAGAAGGGAAAGAAGGGCCAGCAGAUGAGAGAGGCAGUAAAGGAGCUAGAGCAGAGCAUCAGCUUAGUCAAAGCCCCAGCUAUCCUCAGAGAGGAUCCAUCUCUUACUCUUCCAAAGAUCAUGGUCAAGGUAUCCCAAGCACAGGAGAGCCAACGCAUGGAAGAAUGAGUCCUCAGUCCAGUAAUGUUUCUGAUCAGUGGAUCUUGUGUUAUUGAAAAAGAAAAAAAGAAAAUAUUUUCUCUCCUCUUUUUUUUUUUUUUUUGGUUUACUCUCAAUGCUAUGAAUGAAUUUGUUCAAAAGUUCUUUCUCCUAAGCCUAGUAUUGAUGGAUGCGUAUAAUGUCUCCCUAAACGCAAUGACUCUGCAAUUGAGCAUAUCCCUCUUAACAAUUGCUUCAUCUGAGAAUGAGAAUGGAAAAGACUUCAAUUAGUUUGAAGUGGAUCUAAUUUUUUUAAUAUUAUAGCAAGUUCAGCUA